ACCUUAAAUCCUUUCAUUCUCAUAAAAAGAGAGCGAAUAAUGGCUUACUAUUUCUUUAUCUUGGCUACUCUUUUUUUCGUGUUCUCCCCUCUUUCUCUUGCACAGCCAUUUAAAGCUGUGAAUUUAGGAAACUGGCUUGUUACUGAAGGGUGGAUGAAACCUUCUCUCUAUGAUGGGAUGCCGAACAAUGAUCUCCUGGAUGGAGCUCAAGUGCAGUUCUUGUCCACAAAGCUGCAGAAGUAUCUUAGCUCUGAAAAUGGAGGCGGGACCGUCCUAGUAGCCAACCGGCCCUCAGCCUCUGGCUGGGAAACGUUCAGAUUGUGGAGGAUCAAUGAGACAUAUUUCAACUUUAGAGUGUUCAACAAGCAGUUUGUGGGGCUGGAGGAUCAAGGAGACAAAGUAACAGCAGUUUCAGAUACUGUUGGAAACUCACAAACAUUCCAGAUUAUAAGAAAUAACGAUGACCGGAAUCGAGUUCGCCUCCAAGCAUCAAAUGGACAGUUCAUUCAGGCAUCAUCAGAGACAUUGGUAACUGCAGAUUAUGUCGGCUCAGGUUGGGAGGACAGCGAUCCAUCAGUAUUCAAAAUGACCAUUGUCAAUAUAUAUUCCUUCCGAGGUGAAUAUCAACUCACAAAUGGUUAUGGCCCAGACAGAGCUCCUCAGGUCUUGCAGGAUCAUUGGAACUCUUACAUCACUGAAGAGGACUUCCGCUUCAUGUCAGAAAAUAGUCUUAAUGCUGUCAGAAUUCCAGUUGGAUGGUGGAUCGCCAGUGAUCCCACACCACCGAAACCUUUUGUCGGUGGCUCUUUGAAAGCCUUAGACAAUGCUUUCACAUGGGCACAGAAAUACGGCAUGAAGGUCAUCGUUGAUUUGCAUGCAGUUCAAGCUUCACAAAAUGGCAAUGAUCAUAGCGCGACACGAGAUGGGUAUCAGGAAUGGGGAGAAUCAAACAUUCAGGAAACGGUGGCUGUCAUAGACUUCCUUGCAGAAAGGUAUGCCGACAAACCAAGUCUUGCCGCAAUUGAAUUGAUGAAUGAACCGAUGGCCCCGGGAGUCAAUCUAGACACCCUAAUAAAGUAUUAUCAAGCUGGAUAUGAUGCCGUAAGGAAGCACUCUGAAAAUGCUUAUGUGAUCCUCUCAAAUCGACUAGGGCCUGCUGAUUCCAAAGAGCUCCUCUCAUUUGCAAGCGGUCUCAAACGUGUAGUCAUUGAUGUGCAUUAUUACAACCUAUUUUCAGAUUCAUUCAAUAACAUGAAUCCCCAACAGAACAUUGACUAUAUCUAUAAUCAGCGAGCUAGUGCUCUAACAACAGUGACAACUACAAAUGGCCCCCUCAGUUUUGUAGGGGAAUGGACUGGAGAUUGGGCAGUUCAGGGAGCAUCGAUGCAAGAUUACCAGAACUUUGCCAAGGCUCAACUGGAUGUCUAUGGGCGUGCCACAUUUGGAUGGGCAUAUUGGGCUUAUAAGUGUGCAGGUGACCACUGGAGUCUCAAAUGGAUGAUUGAGAACAACUAUAUAAAGCUCUAGAUUCUCACCCUGGCUAUUAAUUUAGUAGUAGUAGCUGGCUUUAGGGCUCCUUCUAGGCUUGCAAAGCCAAGCGUACUCGUUUUUCUGUUAAUUAAUAACCAAGGUUAAUAAAAAAAAAAUUUACUUAACUGUA